AUGUUGCCGGAGCAGUUGGCCGUGGUGACAAGUUCGGCCUUGGUCGCUUUGCAGUUCUUGAUUUGGUGCGGCCUGGCGCGCUGCCCCGGGUACUGCAAAGACGGUCACAAAUGGAAUGCCAUUGUGCAAGGUAGCAAGACCAAGGUGAAGACGGCAGAGGGCAGUUCGGAAGAAGGGCAGGGAAAGCGGAAGCGCACAUCAUCUCAAGAGCCUCGACAGAGUCAACAUCCCCUUUUCCGCUGUUACUACCGCCCAGCUUCUCCGAAGAAGCGCGGACGCCCGACCAAGGCCAGUCUUGCUGAGCUCGCGGGGAAAGAGCCCGUAUGUAAAGGUGUGCAAUGCCGGCAAGCCGCUUCAUGGCGCAAGUUCUGUCCGGUGGCAGACUUGCUACCGGAUAGCAUCAGAGGCUGGUGGAUGACCGUAGGCAAGAUCUACAACAUCAUCCGGUCCUACCUCGUCGCUUUCUUGCAGAAGCAGAACACCCAGCUAUUGGGCAGCCCACGACACAUUUGUUGCGUGGAUGAAUGUUUCUUGGCCAAGCGCAAACCGUCCAAGCAACUCCGGGGCCGUACCACACGCCCCAUGCGCAUGCUAGUGGUCGGCAUUGUCGAAUUGGACCGUGAGACUAAGAAGGAAACAGGUCGGGUGGUUCUUCGGUUGGUGCGCAACAGGUCGAGUUGGACAUUGACGAAUUUGGUCCGCAGCGUUGUCCGGCCUGGCACCACCGUUGUCACAGACGAAUGGCGCGGCUAUAACGGACUGCGCAAGGCAGGAUACAACCACGUGAAGGUGAACCAUAGCAAGAACCAGAAGGUCAAUGCAGAAGGUUUGGGAACCAAUCCUGUGGAAGGCCUGUUUUCGAGGGUUCGACGAUUCUUGCGACAGAACUAUGUCAGGAUGCCUUCGCGCAAGAACUAUGGAUUGCUGCUUGCAGAGUAUUGCUGGCGACGCAGUGUGUUGGGGGAGCAGACCUUGCCCCCCAGACAAUGGCCGAAAGCAGCUUUCUGGCGUUUGUUGGCGACCAUGAAGGAGGUUGUUCCGCGCGAUUACUUGGUGAGGCGAGCUUCUUACCAGCAAGAGGAUGGAUCCUUGCUGACGGAGGAGCCCUGGGAGGGCAAAGAGUCCGACCGGAUUGAUUUCGGGAAAUUCAUCCCGAAAGAUGUCCGGCGGACCGGGCACGACAUCGCCAUGACACCACAAGACGUUUACUGCGCGCCAUAUUAUCGCAGUAACGUCGAGUGGUCUUUGGCGGAGGAGGACUCGGCCCAAGCUGGGUUUGCCCGGGUUUUGCCCAUGGAGGAUCCAGACCCUAUUUUCGAUGAGGGCUACGAGCCCACUGGCCGACCCCCAUUAAGGCAAGGCAGGGGGCGGGGCGGGAUGCGUGGGGGCCGUCGAUGGUCUCGACCAAUGAAGGGUCAAGCAUCUGGCCGAUGGUCUCGACCACUUGGGGGGGAAGCAUCUGGCAAGAUUGGGCCAGUGCCGCCCCUAGAUUUGGAUUCCGACACGGAGAGUGAGCCAAAGAAAGGGAUGGAACGUGAGGCCGCAGUUCUUUUGGAUCUUGACUUCGAGGAUGCCUUCGCCCAGUUCUUGGAGCCCGAGAAGCCAGGCAAGCACGAAGCCGGAAAUAUGGAGUUCGCCGUCCUUCCCAUAACCGGCGAUUGUGCUUGCCUUUACCGCGCUCUUCUCCUCGGCACGCAACUCCGUUCUGGAGUAGCACGUGGCAGGCUUCAGGCUUGGUGUCAAGAAAUUUCGGGAUGGAUAAGGAAGCAUACCCUCUUACAUUAUAUAACAGUGACAGGACCCUAUGCCCGCCGUGCAAGAGCUCAGGGAGGAUGUCUGUGA